GUAGGUCUAAAGUGGUGAGGAGUGGGACUCUUGUCGUGCACCUGACACCACGAUGGAUGACUAUCCGAUGUAUGGGCUGCUUGUGGGGUUCUCCCUAUGGGGGACCCUCUGGCGUCUCCUCUUCCCUCUGGGGUUCUGGAACACCUUUGCGUGUAGGGUAGAGACGAAGGGUGGCACGACCACACACCCCUAUACGCCUGAAGAGGAGGCCAAGGCCGCCGCCAUUCUGAAAGAGAGAAGGGAGAAGAGAGAGACCAAGAAGAAGGCCUUAAUGGAGGAGCAGGCAGCCAAGAUGAAAAAGAUUGAGGAGGAGGCGGCCAGGGAGAAGGAGAGAUUGAAAAAGGAAGAGGAGCAGAAGCUGAAGGAGGUGGAAGAGGAAGAGGAGGAAGACGAGAUGCCACUGCAAAGGAAGAGGGGGCAGUACAGUGGCAGCACAAAUGAUGAGAUGGAGAAACGGAUCUCGGAGUGGGUCGCCAAUUUAUCCCUGGGUGAAGAAGAAGAGGUGGCAAUGUACAUAUCCAAGGAUGACCAGGAAGCCGCUAUGAGAGCUUGGGAAGCAGAAAAAGAUGUCGUAAAGCGGCAGGCGAUGGAAGAUGAGAAGAGGAUGGAAUGGAGAUUGGCAGUGAUGAGGAAGAAGAAGAGGAGAGUGGACGCGGCAGCGGAGGCAGCAGAAGAAUUAGAGGAGGUAAAAAAGAUAGAAGAGCAAUUAGCCGCCCAGACCGAACUCCCAAACCAAAUGCGAGUCAUAGCCCGAAACGUUGCACGCCUGGCACGAAUUCAGGCAGAGCAAUAUGACUUCACUCCCAAGGAGGAGGAGCCACGUCCGCGUAGGGAGCCAGUCAAGGUCAAAUUCCCUGAUUCCUACAGUGGGAAGAGGGAAGAGAACUUUGACAACUGGGAGGCCAACGUCAAGACCUAUGUGCAUGUGCAACAGGUCUCCCCGGAUCAGCAUGUCUUGAUUGCGAUCCACGUGCUUAGAGAUGAGGCCACCAGUUUUGCAAGGUCCCUAGUGCGCGCCGCUAACUGCAAUGAUGAUGCAGUUGCCUAUUCGGCAUUUACCUCCCUCACGGAGUUCAUGAAAUUGUUGCGCGAGCGAUUUGCAGAUGUCGCUCGAAGUGUCAAGGCCUCAGACAAGCUCCAGACGAUCCAUGCUCGUAAGUGGAAGAGUGCCAGGGCGCUCAAGAGCACAAUGGACGAACUAGUAGCUGUCCCUGACCACGGGGUUACAGACACCCAGUUGGUUGUCCUCUUUUACAGAGCUAUGCCAGAAGCCUUUCGCGGGCACUUCUUCGCAAAGAGUGAAGACCCUGCCACCACUUACGAUUCCCUUAGCCGUGAAGUGGUGGCCUUUGAGGCAAAGUCUGUGUCAGUCUCCACCUUCUGGCCCAAAGACUUGGAUAAGGGAAAGCAAUGGAAGGGCCGCACUAUCUCUGGGCAAGUGAAGACUAAGGAUAGUCUUGUCCUAACCUUAGAUGAGGGUAGUGUGGACGAGAUCCCCUACGAUCAGAUUGAGUGGGGGUUAGAGGAGGAGGACAGCGGUGUGGGCCAGGGGAGAAUUUACGCUGCUGUCGCGGCUGGAGGGAGGCCGCAAGGAGGAGGACGAGGCCAGGGCCAAGGGGGCCGGCCCUCAGGGAGCCGGUUCCAGGGCGACCAGGGGGUUGGCGGCAGAGGAGGAAACCGCCAAGCGGGAGGAAGGGGUCAAGGUCCCCCGCAAAACCGUCCUAGGAAUAGAGGGAGUCCCGGCGUACUUCCGCCUAGAGCAGGAUGGGAAAGUGGAGAAGGUCCCCACUCCCUGACUCUCCUCGUAGAAGAUAGCCUCCCAUUUGAUAUUGUUCUGGGGAUGGAUUGGGGAGAGGCAGUCGGGGCCACGCUCCAUCUGAAGGAGCACGAGUGUAGGCUCCCUAGUUCUUCAGGCGAGUCCAAGACUGCCCACCUGUUCCACGUGUCAGGAGUAGAGAAUCCAUUGGCACAUUGCUGCCUUAGUGCGCCCGCAUUCGCCAGAUUAGUAAAGAAGGAGAAAUUGGAGGAACAGGUCUUUGUUGCCUAUGUUAGGCCAGUGACCGAGCCUAUGGAAGAAAAGUCGAUGGACCCUGCGAUUGCCAAGUUGCUGGAAGAGUUUAAGGAUUUAACUGAGCCGCCGACAGGAACGGUGCCGCGGCCCAUCCAACACCGUAUCGAGAUAAAGCCUGGCAGUAGAACUCCUAAGGGUGUUGUGUAUAGGAUGUCCCCACGGGAGUUAGAGGAGCUUCGCAAGCAAUUAGACGAGCUUCUCGAGAAGGGUUGGAUUAGGCCCAGUUCAUCUCCUUUUAGAGCGCCUGUUCUCUUUGUUCCUAAGAAAGAGGGAGAGUUGAGAAUGUGUAUAGACUAUAGGGGUCUGAAUGCUAUUACAGUGAAGAAUGCCGAGCCACUGCCUAGGAUAGACGAUCUCUUAGAUUGAGUGCAGGGGGCGAAGUAUUUCUCCAAGAUAGAUUUGAAGUCCGGAUAUCAUCAGAUAGAAGUGCAUCCUGAUGAUCAGUAUAAGACCGC